GACCAACAUACGCUCAGCUAGUCCAACGCAGUACCUCAGCAAGAGGGUCACGUUCGAAUCGGAGAGGACCUAUGAUACGGACCUCAAGAGCCGACUCCAUCCGAACGGCGCAAAGCGAAUCACAUGGGACAUCGUGAGCUCCCUAGUUCUCAUUGUGGACACAACGUUGCUGCCGCUUUCGCUGGCAUGGGACUUGCAGAAGGACACGACCGAUGCGUGGAGCUGGGUGAAUUUCGGGAUCUUCGCGUUCAGCUUGCUCUUUUGGACUGCAGAUAUCGUCAUCAAUCUCAAUACAGCCGUGUUUGACAAAGGCCAGCUCGUUUUCACGCACAGCGUGAUUUGUUGGCA